UUCAGGGUGCCAGCGGCAGUAAAGAGACUCCAGUCACUCAGAGAAGGCCACAUCACUUAAAUGACUGCACUUGAAUAACUGUGUUGGACUUUGCAUUCGGUUCCCCUCAGGCAAUGGACAGCAGGAUUCGACCGCUUGGCCUCACCGGGCACACCGCAAACCCUCUCGGUGGUUUGCAAGUGCCCCCUUCCCUCCUGCGCCCUCCACCUCUCUUCCUUCGGGCUUGUAAUCCCGCGCUGGAGAGGGGAUACCCCCGCACCCCGAAGUGCGCCAGAUGCAGGAACCACGGCGUGGUUUCCGCACUGAAAGGCCACAAGCGCUUUUGUCGUUGGAGAGACUGCGUGUGCGCAAAGUGCACUCUCAUAGCGGAGAGGCAGCGGGUGAUGGCCGCGCAGGUGGCACUGAGGAGGCAGCAGGCUCAGGAGGAGAGCGAGGCCCGGGAGCUCCGGCUCUUGUACCCCGGGUCGGGGAUCGGGGGAGAAGCUGGGAUCCCUCAGGGGUCACCUGUAGGCCCUGGGGUGCCAGCAGCUACCAUCAACACUGCAACAGCUCCUAGUUUUGAUGUUUUUGGAACAGAGAACCAAAAAGAUGAUGACAAAUUGAGCAAGUACAACUUUUAUAACGGAUUCAUGGGUCGGCCCCUCUUCGCUCCCCACACCACACGGUUGCCCUCUCCAAGUAAGAAGGAGCUGUCUCCAAGCAAAGACAACACCACUUCAUUCACCGAUGACAGUGCAAGUCCAUCCCCGGUGUUUGACCAGCGCUCGGACCACACAGAGAGUCCGCAGAGGUCGCUCUCCCCCUCGGAUCCGGAGUCAGGGAGUGAGAUGGAGAAACCCAAGGACUAUCCGGGCCUGGACCGCGACCCCACCGAUAUCAUGGCCAAGAUCUUCCCCAAUCAGAAGCGGGACACCCUAGAGUCUAUGGUGAGAACGUGCAAAGGUGACAUUGUCAAAUCAAUUGAACUGGUGUUGAGCGCCAAAGAGAACAAUGUUGACUCUGAUAGCUUGUCUCCGUCUAAUCACCCAAACGCGCUCAGGCCCUCUUUGCCUGGAGCGCUUGGUGCACUGGGGAACAAGUCAGCCUUCUCCCCGCUCCACAUGCCACCAACGGCCGCCGGUGGAGACAGCAUGUACGGGCUCAGCCCUCGCCUCGGUGUCAGCCCUUUACGGCUGACCUAUUCCUCUGCAAACGGCGGUAUGGCAGGGUUUAUGUCACCAUACAUGACAUCCGGACUGAUGCCAGUGUUUCCAUUGCGUCCAACCUUGGACUCCUAUUCUUUUCCAGGCAUGAUCCGUGACCUCUCUUACCUUCAGAGCAAGGAGUCACUAUGCAACACAGGCCUUUACACACGGCUUAACCAUGAAAAAUGACAAACUAAAAAUCGACACAAUUAAAAAUGUUACUUCCUUAGUUGAUACUAUUGUUAUUAUAAUUGGCUUUCAGAUUUACCUUUAAAUCGCUUUUCAAGUGCCUCAAAAACUAUUUGUGUUGGUUAAACACAUUGCAUUCUGACAAUUCACUUUUUGUUUGUUUUU